GUCAGAUACUGGUUGUCCAUUCUAUUAACAACACUGAGAGUAGAAACAGAGAUUAGUUUUUCUACAUAUAGCACCAGUAUCAGUAUCGAACAUUAUCUAAAAACAUUCAUUUAUAUCAGUGGCAGAGUGAUGUUUAUUUUUUUCAUUUUUUAAAUAAAAUUAGUAAUCAGUUUGGUGAAUGAAAAAUGGGUAUGUAAAGAAUUUGAGAAACCGUGAAGAUUUGAAGGAAGCAACACCAAAGAAAUUACAACAUUUAAAAACUUAUUAUUUAUGUAAUGAAAACAUACAAGUAAUUGGUACUUUAGCAACAAUUACAAAGAAAUAAUAUGGCGCGAGGAAGAGGUGGAGAUGGUUGCAAAAAAUGUCUUUUAGGGACUUGUUUGUACAUUUUUGUGGUUCUACUAUUAUUAUUUAUAGUAGUAUUCGUUAUAGUCCCCGUAGUAUUUAAAUAUAGUGUCGGAAUUCAACGAAGUCUAAUAUUUCCCACAUGGGUCAUCACUCCUAAAAAUUACUCAGACAUUGAUGAUUUCAAAAUAAAAGGAGUAAAAAACUUUUACGUAAAUCUGUACGAUAAUUACACGACAGAUGGCGCUGAAAAUAUAAUUCUAGGCGUAUGGCAAAUAUUACCAGACGAGUUAUUGAGUGAAUUAAUCGAUAAUAGUGAUUAUAAUUUUGACGGUAUAUUGAAUAAUGGAAAUUAUAGUAUAUUACUAUAUUUACAUGGAAAUGGACAGGACAGGACCGAAUCUGUGGAAAUCUAUAAUGUUCUAAGGAAAUUUUUCCACAUAUUUGCUGUUGAUUAUAGAGGUUAUGCUGAUUCAACUUCUGCCGAAUUAACUGAAACGGCAAUAGUAAGAGACAUAGUGGAAUUUUACAAAUGGUUGAGUGUUCGUACGAAUUCAAAAAUAUAUGUUUGGGGACACUCAUUAGGUACCGGAGUUGGUACUCAACUUAUAGCAAAUUUAAAAAAAGAUAAAAUUAGCAGCAAAGGACUCAUCUUGGAAUCACCGUUUACAUCUGUUACAGAUGUGAUGAUGAUCCAUCCUGUAAUAAAGACCUUCUCGUUUCUCCCAUGGUUUAGAUCAACUUUAAUAGAACCAAUGAUAGACAAUGGUUUCAAUUUCGAUUCAGCAAAAUAUAUCCUGGAUGUAGAUUGUCCUAUAAUGAUAGUUCACGCAAAGGAUGACACAAUUAUACCCUAUACUUUCGCUAAUGAGCUUUAUAAUAUAGCGGUGAAUAACAGAAAUUGGACGUAUCAAGGUAAUGUCACUUAUCAUCUAUUUGAUGAGUUGAAUUAUGGUCACAUGUACAUCUUCAAAGCUCCAGAACUACCAACUUUUGUUAGUGAAUUCAUCGAAGAAUGUGAUAAGUUUGAGAAGAAUAAAUGAGGAUUAGAAAUGGUGUACUGAAAAUUUGCCACUAUAGGAUCAAAAAUUGUAUUAAAUUUUUUAUGUACUUAUAAUUUUACUACUUCGUAAUAAAAACAUUUGGCUGUUACUUCUA